AGCAUGAGAAGAUGCACAAGAACCUAAGCACUCAACUAGCUGUUGCAGUGAGAAGUAUUCAGUGGAGCUAUGGAAUUUUCUGGGCACCUUCAACCACUCAACAAAGGGUAUUGGAAUGGAGGGAUGGAUACUAUAAUGGAGACAUUAAGACAAGAAAAACAGUACAAAGCAUGGAAAUGAAGGCUGAUAAAAUAGGCUUGCAAAGGAGUGAACAACUGAAGGAACUAUAUGAGUUUCUUCUUGUAGGUGAAGCUGACACACAAACCAAAAGGCCUUCUGCUGCAUUAGUUCCAGAAGAUCUCUCAGAUUCAGAGUGGUAUUACUUGGUUUGCAUGUCCUUUGUCUUCAAUGACAACCAAAGUUUGCCUGGAAGAGCACUAGAAAUUGGUGACACUGUGUGGUUAUGCAAUGCUCAACAUGCGGAUAACAAAGAUUUCUCUCGUUCCUUGCUUGCGAAGAGUGCGUCAAUUCAGACAGUGGUGUGUUUUCCCUAUCAAGGAGGUGUUAUUGAGAUAGGCACAACUGAACUGGUUGCUGAGGAUCCUAAUCUCAUACAACAUGUUAAGGCUUGCUUCUUAGAAAUCUCAAAGCCUAUUUGCUCUGAUAAGUCCUCAUCUACUCUCGAUAAACCUCAUGAUGACAAAUAUCCAACAUGCACCAAAGGUGAUCCUAGGAUAUUAGAUACAAUGACUUUGGAAAACUCAUGUUCACAUGAAGAAGAAAUCAAAUUUGAUCAUGAUCCUAUCAAUGAAUUUCAUGAUGAUGACAAUGAAGAUUCUAACGCUAUGGACGAAUCAAUGAUUGAGGGCAUUAAUGGUGGGCACUCUCAAGCUCAAUUUGUGAAUGAUGCCUUGAUCAUUGGUGCCCCAGAUUCCCUUAGUUCUUGUGAUUGUAUGCAUGAAGCUUCUGAGAAGCAAGGCAGGGCUUCCAAGAGUGUAAGCCAAGUUCAACUAAGGGAAUUUCAAGAUUGUAAUCACUCAAACAGAAGCUUUUUGGAUACUGGAGCAGAUGAAGACUUGUAUUACACAAGAACACUUUGUGCUGUUCUGGGAAAUUCAUCAAUUUUUAAACCAAAGCCAUGUGCUGGUGACUCAAAUUAUAAAUCUAGUUUUGUGAAAUGGAAUAAAGAAACAGUUUCUGCAUGGAAGGGACCGAGGUUUCAACAAAGCAUGUUAAAGAAGACUUUGUUAAAGGUCCCUUUUAUGCAUAGAAAUUGCUCCUCUCUCAAGUCACAGAAAGAAAAUGAGAGAAUGAAAUGGACUAGUAAAUUGGAAAAUACUGAUAGUUUCAUGGGAAAUGCCUUCUCUGAUAAAAAAUUAGAACUUAAAAGCUAUGAGGUGGAUAAGAUUUCAAUUCUAGGAGACACAAUUAAGUACUUGAAAGAGUUAGAGACAAGAGUAGAAGAGCUAGAAUCUUAUAUGAAUAUUGCUGAUUCUGAAGCAAGAACCAAAAGAAAAUGUCUUGAUGUACUAGAGCAGAUGUCAGAUAAUUAUGGUGCCAGAAAGAUUUGCAUGGGAAUGAAACCUUGGAUAAACAAGAGGAAGGCUUGUGAUAUAGAUGAGAUAGACACAGAUAUAGAUAGAGUUGUUUCUGAAGAAGCUAAGUCACUGGAUGUUAAAGUCAACAUGAAGGAGCAAGAGGUUCUGAUUGAGAUGAAAUGUCCUUACAGGAAACACGUAUUGUAUGAUAUCAUGGAUACCAUUAACAAUCUGCAUUUAGAUGCUCACACGGUUGAAUCAUCAACAUUUGAUGGUGUUUUCACAUUGACACUUAAAACUAAGUUUCGAGGAGCAGCAACAGCACCCAUUAGGAUGAUCAAAGAAGCACUUUGGAAAGUAUCUGGAAAUAUUUGA